UGCAACACAUCUCCUUCUCAUAGAGUUGAUCAGGUCGUCAAAUGUGGCCUGUGGAAUGUAUGUCAACUCCUCGUCAAUGGCUGUGCGAAGUCGCUGGAUAUUGGCAGUACAUGCUGUCAUAUAAGCUGAUCCAGAGAAUCCCAAAUAUGCUCAAUGGGUGACAUGUCCGGUGAAUAUGCCGGCCAUGCAAGAACUGGGAUGUUUCCAGCCAAGAAUUGUGUACAGAUCCUUGCAACAUGGGGGUGUGCAUUAUCCUUCUGCAACGGGAGGUGAUGUUCUUGGAUGUAUGGCACAAAAAUGAGCCUCAGGAUUUGGUUCAUUUAAAAUUCCAUCAAUGAAAUGCACCUGUGUUCUUCAUCCAUAACAGAUGCCUGCUCAUACCAUGACCCCACCGCCACCAAGGGCCACUCAAUCCACAACACUGACAUCAGAAAACUGCUUACCCACACUACUCUGCACAUGCUAUCUGCCAUCUGCCCUGAACAGUGUAAACGGAAUUCAUCCAUGAAAGGAGCCCCUCUCCCACGUGCCAGAUCGCAACGAAUUUAAACAUUUGCCCACUGAAGUCAGAUUUCCUGUGCUGAGCUCAAGAACAUAAUCCACCUCCAUCCAUCUUCAUACAGCGUGAGCAGAAUCAAGAAGAUCUCCCCACUGUGUUUGUGGUUUUAUAGCGAGCUAAGAGAGAAUCUGAGAGAGAUGGGUCCUCUGUUUGCUAUUCCCAUCCUUGUUGCAGUGAAUGGCAUCGCCGGCAUUUGGGCCGUGUAUGGAAUAGCUUUGCAUAAUGGAACAGUGAAUCUGACGGACCACUUUCCUUACAUCAGUCACUGUGGGGCAAAACCUCCAGCCAGCUGCUGGUUCUCUCAGGUCUGCAACAACGGCUGCAUUCUAGCUCUGAUAUUCGACACUGUGCGUUUCCUCGCUGUUAAAAACCAUUCAAAAAACAGAGGGUAUAACAUUGCUAGCUUUGUACUGGGAAUCUUCUCAGCUGUGGGGUUGUCCAUCACCGGAAACUUCCAGGUCUCAAACAAUGUUUAUCUUCAUUACAUUGGUGCUGUUCUGGCAUUCUUUGGGGGCCUGGUCUACCUCUGGUUUCAACUGUUUCUUAUCAGCGACAAGAUCGUGAAGUACAUUGGGUAUGUUGUGUGCUCCAUCUGCACCAUCCUGAUCAUCUGCAUGACUGUUUUCCAUUUCUGUGAAUUUCUUACUUAUACUGCAAUCUGUGAGUGGACCCUGGCCACAUCAUUCUUCCUGCUCUAUCCUCUGUUUGUGUUUGAGUUUUCAGAUAUCGACCUCAAAUUUACCAUAAACACCAAAGGCUCCGCCUCUGCAGGCGUCGACCAACCACUUAAAGAUUACUAGAGGUCGCUCUGUUGUCACGGAGACAGAUCAACGCUGAUUGUUCAUGUGAAGUUACUGCUGAUGAAUCUGAAACAAAUAAAA